CAAGACAAGAGAGAGUAAAAUUAGGGUUUUAACCUUUUCAGUCUCAACUCCUUUUCUUUCCUUUACUCUUCGUCUUCCUCAUUUCUUCUUCGUUUCUUUAUCUACUUUGACAUAGAUUUUUCAGUACUUAAAGUCGUAUCUACAUGUGUUUCUGUAUCUCUUCUGGAACCAAAGACAGAUAUUAACAACAAUUAUUUUAAUAAUAAAAAGCAUAAAUCAUAGGUUAUUAAUUUUUCUCUACUAUAUAUAUUGAGAUCACUCCCGUCUUUAUCAAAUUCUUCGUUCUCUUCCAUUUUUCCAACCCAAUCAAUCUCACGUAGAUCUGAUCAAUUUCUCAUCAAUCAUUUAGCGAUCAAAAGGAAAUGAAGAAUAGUAAAUGUAACCUCAUAGAUUCAAAGCUCGAAGAACAUCAUCAUCUUUGCGGAUCAAAACAUUGUCCUGGAUGUGGUCGCAUGAUUCAAGCUGCUACUAAACCAAAUUGGGUUGGAUUGCCAGCUGGAGUGAAAUUCGAUCCGACAGAUCAAGAACUUAUAGAACAUUUAGAAGCAAAAGUGAAGGGAAAAGAAGAAAAUAAGAAAUGGUCAUCGUCUCAUCCACUUAUAGAUGAAUUUAUUCCCACCAUUGAUGGAGAAGAUGGGAUAUGUUACACUCAUCCUCAGAAGCUUCCAGGGGUGACAAGAGAUGGCUUGAGCAAACACUUCUUCCACAAACCAUCAAGAGCUUACACAACCGGAACAAGGAAACGACGUAAAAUAAUCCAAACCGAUCACGACUCCGAGGUAACCGGAUCAUCAGAAACCAGGUGGCACAAAACGGGCAAAACAAGACCGGUUAUGAUCAAUGGUCAACAAAGAGGAUGCAAGAAGAUAUUAGUACUCUACACAAACUUCGGCAAGAAUCGACGACCGGAGAAAACAAAUUGGGUGAUGCAUCAAUAUCAUUUAGGCAUCAAUGAGGAAGAGAGAGAAGGAGAGCUUGUGGUCUCUAAGAUCUUUUAUCAGACACAACCUAGACAGUGUGUUAGUAAUAUUCAUUGGUCUGAUAAUCAUGGUUCCAAAGACAUGAUCGGAAUUGGUGUCGGAGAUGAGAUUUCCGUAGCUGCCACGUUGCAGACUCUUGGCUCCGGUGUCGGUGACAUUGUUUCUAGGGUUAAUAUGAAUCCCUAUACAAGAGGCUUUGAUGAGGGGACAUCCGAAGCUUCAAAGGGAAGAGAAAACCAGCGUGUGUAUGGCACGUGCGAGGAAGUACAUAAUGAGAUCUUAACAUCAUCAACAUCAUCAAUGUCCUCUCAUCAUAUGAUUCAUGAUCAUCAUAAUCAACAUCAUCAAAUCGGAGAUAGAAGAGAUCUUCACAUGUCAUCAUCAUAUCCCAUGACCCCUACUAUCACAUCACGAAAUGACUCGAUCUUCCAUGGUACAAGUACUAUGCCCUUUCAGCAGCAAUUGAGGGGUCGGUCGUCUGGUUCGGGAUUAGAAGACCUAAUUAUGGGUUGUACCACAGCUACUUGCAUAGAAGACGAGCAUUCAACAGAAGCAAACCCACAGCAAAAUGCAGAGUGGUUAACGUUUCCACCUUUCUGGUAGGACCAAAAAAUCAAAUUAUAUACAUCAUUAAAAAAUUUGUAU